AAUAACUGAAAGCGUAGCGUUAGCACAUCUUGCUACUUAUUUGAGCAAAGUAGUGAUAGUAAUUAUAUUUAAAACGCCUCAUUAAGUAACGUAUGUGACAUUUUAAAAGCAUCUGUAUGAACAGCCACCGUAUUGAACCCACAGUAACACGCUACGCACUUUCAUACCGCGCUACAAGGACGAUAACACACAUCAGGCGGUUGGGGUGACAGCUGGCUGCAAUGCAUGCUGGGAGCCGAGAGAUCAAGGUGAAGAGAGUUUCCUCGAGGAAGAGGUCAAGGGACAACCUGAAGAGUCACCUGACACCUGUGAGGAAGAGAGGAGGAGGAGGAGGAGGAGGAUGCUCCAUAAACUGGAGGUUCAGCAUCAUGGCUGAUAUUCCAGCUGCUGAGUUCUGCAGCGACAGCGAGGAUUUGUUCGGGGACUAUGACAGCAUCCUGGAGGACAGCUCUUUCUUGGCAAAGCUGGACGAUGCAGAACAAACCGAACGGCAGCGCGACGUCCGGCCUUCAGCCGCCGAUCAGCCGGACUUCACCUCUCUGCGUCCCCCCAAAGACGCCGUCUGGAAACAGUCCUGCGAAGACUUCCUCACCGACUCCAUCUUGGACGCCCUCGGGGACGAACCCCUGGAGGAAUUACCGCCCAGCCAGCAACAGUUUCAGGAACAGGUGGAGAACGCGAAGAGGAGCCGACUGCAGGACGGAGAUAAAACCUCCACGCCUUUGCGAGACGCUGGCGGAAAGUCUGCCGCGGGAAACGUGGAGGAUAAAAGCAAGAGGCCGGCGAGGGCGAGGAGGAGCGUGACGGAGCAGCUGAAGAGGACGAUGGUCAGUAACGCAGCGUCUCCCUCCAGCAUUUCACGGACUGUCGUGUUGAAGGAAGCGGUGGUUUCAGAGGAGAUCAGCGUCGCCAUGCAGGCCAUGGAAACCGUAUCCGCAGAGACCACCGACCUCGGGCCGUUCUUCGGACUCCCAACCAAAGUGAAAGACCUGAUGUACAAACUGAGAGGAAUCAAGACUUUAUAUGACUGGCAGGAGACGUGUCUGAACCUGGACUGCGUUCAGCAGAGGAAGAACCUGAUCUACUCUCUUCCCACCAGCGGAGGGAAAACCCUGGUUGCAGAGAUCCUCAUCCUCAGAGAACUGCUGUGCAGGAAGAAAGACUGUUUGUUCAUCUUACCGUACAUAUCGCUGGUGCAGGAGAAGGUUCGUGGGUUGGCGAGCUUCGGCCUGGAGCUGGACUUCAUGGUGGAAGAGUACGCCGGCAGCAAGGGCAGGUUCCCUCCAGUGAAGAGAAGAAACAAGGCGUCGCUGUACAUCGCCACAAUAGAGAAAGCCCACAGCCUCGUCAACUCUCUGAUAGAGAGCGGCAGGGUGGACAACCUCGGGCUGGUGGUGGUGGACGAGCUUCACAUGCUGGGUGACGGCAGCAGAGGGGCCGUUAUUGAAAUGACUCUGGCCAAAGUUCUUUACACGAGCAAAUCCACUCAGAUUAUUGGAAUGAGCGCCACGCUGGGAAACAUCAGAGACCUGCAGAUGUUUCUGAGGGCGGAAAAUUACACCAACGACUUCAGACCUGUUCAGCUGAAGGAGUUUGUGAAACUGAGGGACACGAUCUACGAAGUGGACCCGAAGGAAGAGGACUGUUUCAGAUUCUCACGUCUUCUCAACUUUAAAUACUCGAGCGGGAUGCAGAAGUUGGACCCGGAUCACAUCAUCGCUCUGGUGACUGAAGUGAUCCCAGCUCACUCCUGUCUGGUCUUCUGUCCCACCAAGAAGAACUGUGAGAACGUUGCAGGGAUGAUCUGUAAAUACCUCAAAGAGGACUUCCUGCGGCACCGGGAGGCGGAGAAGGCCAUCCUCCUCCGCGAGCUGCGGGACACCGGGAACGGCUCGGUGUGCCCGGUGCUCCGGAGGACGGUGCCGUACGGUUUGGCCUACCACCACAGCGGGUUGACCUCCGAGGAGAGGAAGCUGGUGGAGGAGGCGUACUCCAGCGGGGUCCUCUGCCUCCUCACCUGCACCUCCACCCUGGCUGCUGGGAUCAACCUACCUGCCCGCAGAGUGAUUCUGCGCUCGCCGUACGUGGCCACAGACUUCCUGAAGAGGAGCCAGUACAAACAGAUGGUGGGACGCGCCGGGCGGGCCGGCAUCGACACCGAGGGAGAGAGUAUCCUCAUCCUGCAGGACAAAGACAGAAACAUGGCUCAAACACUCGUGUGUUCGCCGAUGGAGAACUGUUACAGCAACCUGCUGCUCCACGAUGGAAAAGGCCUCCUGAGUCUCAUCCUGUCCCUCAUUGGACUGAAUAUCACCACGUCGCCGGACCAGCUGAGGGACUUCCUGUGUGGGACGCUGCUGUACGUCCAGCAGAGGCAGCUGUGUGUGGACAAGAGUCUGCGGGAGGCGGUUCAACGGAGCGUCGACCUCCUGAGGGACAAAGAUCUCAUCACUGUGACAGAAGACUCACACGGUCAGACUCUGCAGGUCACCGCGCUGGGAAAAGCUACGUAUAAAGGCUCAGUGGAUCUGACCUACAGCGGUGUCCUGUACAGGGACCUCUCUAAAGGUCUGGAGGGUCUGCUGCUCAACAGCUGCCUGCACCUGGUCUACCUGGUCACGCCGUACGACAUGAUCACGCAGUGCAAGCCCGACUGGAUGACGUACUACAGACAGUUCACCCUGCUGUCGGCUGCUGAGCAGAAGAUGUCUGCGGCUGUCGGAGUGCCCGAGAGUUUCAUUGCCAGAAAAGCUGCAGGACAGACGGUGAAAAAGAGUGUGAACCUGGAGGUGGUGGGCCGGCUGUACCUGGCUCUGGUCCUGUUCACUCUGCUGAAGGAGACCGACCUGUGGAGCGUCGCCGACAAGUUCCAGCUGAGCCGAGGCUUCAUCCAGAGCCUGCUCAGCUCCUCGUCGGCCUUCUGCUCCUGCGUGCUGCACUUCACCGAGGAGCUGGAGGAGUUCUGGCCGUUCAGGGCUCUGCUGAAGGAGCUGACCCGGAGGCUGAGCUACUGCGUGAAGGCUGAACUCGUCCCUCUGAUGGAGGUCGCCGGAGUCAUGGAGGUGCGAGCGAAGCAGCUCUACAACGCCGGCUAUAAAACGCUGACUCACCUGGCGAACGCCGACCCCGCCAUCCUCUCCGAGACGAUAGAGAACCUGUUCAGGAAACAGGCGGAUCAGAUCGUGGCGUCGGCUAAAAUGCUGGUGAACGAGAAGGCGGCGGCACUUCAGGAGGAAGUGGACGAGCUGCUGACGGCGCCAUCCGACCUUCCGACGGCGCCGCAGCCGAACUGAGGAGAAAUAUUUCAUUAAAAUACUGAAAGUGUUUAAUAUUGUUUAUUUUUAUAUCUGUCUAUUUUAUUUACUUAUAAACAUUAUGAGUGUACUCGCACAAAGUACUUGAGUAAAUGUACUUAGUUACUUUUA